GACAGACAGUAGGUGGGGGAGGGCAGUGGCGGGGAGCCCCUUCCCCCACCCUGCUGGCAUUUCUGCUCGACUGCUGCUGGGGCCCCACUGGAGGUGCCCCUCACCUUAGCCACUCUGUUUCCCAGCAGUCUCCCCACCCCCAGUCCUGGGACAGAGGUGAAUGCGUCAGCUAGGAGCUGUUCACGCUCCUGCGCCCCACCCUUGCCUUGUCUUUGGGUGGAGUGGGGCAGGGGCCUCCACGCAGCAGGAGGGCACCUCUGGCCUGCGGUUUAAUCCUGAGUUGCCUCCUGCCCCUCCAACCCAAGCAGGGGCCAGUAAAACACAUCAAUGAUCCUUUUUGGUAUCAAUGAUCUCCAGGUGAGUCUCACAGACUCUUGGAACCCCUAACAGCCUGAGGAGGUGGACAGCAGGAGGGGAGUCCACCCCUGGGCAGGCUCUGGGGGCAGAACGUGUGUUGGCUAAGCUGUGGGGCUUAGGAGAAGCUGUGGUAGGCGGUCUGCCCACAAAGGACACGGGCUGUGGUGGCAGCCCCUCCCAAUGCCCCGAGCCACCCACCGGGCCCUCACUCCCUCUCCGUGACCUCGGGCUUCCCCCGCAACUGGUCCCCAUCCCCAGCCUCUGUAGGGUUAACUCCAUCAUUUCCUUCAGCCUCCCUUUCAAGGUCCUCCUUUCUGGGCAGCCCUCACUGGCGGCCCCCGCCCCCCGCCGGCAUCAGGUGCCUCCCCUGGGCUCCCACCCACCCAGCACUUUUGACCCCAGGGGGCGGGUCACCAUCCGUCUGCUGCUGGGCUCCCUCAGGGCUCCAAGAGUCCAGUUGGCCCUUCUCUAGAAUUGGGGUUCACAUCUGGGCUCCUCCCCUCACCAGCUGCGGGACCUUGUGUACGUCACUCACCUCCCUAAGUGGCCUCAGUUUGCUCAUCUGCAGAAUGGGAAUAAUAAUAAGGGACUUUGCAGACUGAAUGAGGUGGUGCCUGGCUCACUACGCACACCGUAACUGCUGUUAUGUCCAUGCCCCUCCCCAGGCAUAUCGAGGGCCAUCGCAAGUUUUGUUGAUCAAAUGACUGAAGGACAAAGAUACACAGUCUCUCUCAGAAGAAGCCUGACUCCUCCUGCUCAGGGCACGGGUGUCUGGAGUGUGGGGUACUGAGUCACGGAAGACCUGACUGCAGGGAUAAAACCCGGGGUGGCCUGCAGGGAAUCCAAGCUCUCCUGUCGGCAGUGGCCAUGGUGGUUCCCGAGACUCUCCCUGCCCUGGGGAGGCACUACCUCAGCAUUGUAACCUCCCUGCUGCUUCUGGCUGCUCCAGCCACCCUAGCUGCUGCCAAGACAGCUGGUCCCCCAGCCUGUGGAAAGCCCCAACGCCUGAACCGAAUCGUGGGUGGUGAGGACAGCACCGAUGCUGAGUGGCCCUGGCUUGUGAGCAUCCAGAAGAAUGGCACCCACCACUGUGCAGGCUCCCUGCUCACCAACCGCUGGGUGGUCACGGCCGCCCACUGCUUCAAGGGCCAUCCGAACAAACCAGCCCUGUUCUCUGUGCUGCUGGGGGCCUGGCAGCUGGGGAACCCCGGCCCGAGGUCCCAGGAGGUGGGUAUUGCCUGGGUGAAGCUCCACCCUGCAUACUCCUGGAAGAAAGGCGCCCGUGCUGACAUCGCCUUGGUGCACCUGGAGCACGCCAUCCAGUUCUCUGAACGCAUCCUGCCCAUCUGCCUGCCUGAUUCCUCCGUCCAUCUCCUUCCGGACACCAACUGCUGGGUUGCUGGCUGGGGGAGCAUCCACGAUGGAGUGCCCCUGCCCGACCCUCGGACCCUCCAGAAGCUAAAGGUUCCCAUCAUCGACUCAGCAGUCUGCAGCCGCCUGUACUGGCGGGGAGCCGGGCAGGACGCCAUUACGGAGGACAUGCUAUGCGCCGGCUACCUGGAGGGGGAGCGGGACGCCUGUCUGGGCGACUCCGGAGGCCCCCUGAUGUGCCAGGUCGAGCGCACCUGGCUGCUGGCGGGCGUCAUCAGCUGGGGCGAGGGCUGUGCGGAGCGCAACCGGCCUGGCGUCUACAUCAGCCUAGCCGCCCACCGCUCCUGGGUACAGAAGAUCGUGCAAGGGGUGCAGCUCCGCGGGCACUCGCAGGGUAGCGGGCCCACAGGACGCCGGGGACGGGCUCUGGGGGCGCGGCGAGCUCGCAGGGCCGCCCGGGGCCGCGGGGUUUAGGGAUCUGGGGAGACCACGUGCUGUUUCCUCCGUUGUAAAUAAGCGGUCUACCUCUGGGAGCGCCCGAGUGCCGGCGCCGGAUCUCCUCCGCGAGGAGGCCCCGCCCCGCCCCUGGGCUCAGGCCCCACCCCCGAGGCCUGGAGCGCCUUUGUGUACAUACAUGUUAAUGAUUUUUACAGUUAUUUGUAACUCCUCCCACACAUCUUAUUUAUUCCUCCAAUUUCAAUAAAUUAUUUUUACCCUA